CUUAAUUUCAUCAGUGAGUGAUGACAAAUUGAGAUUUUAGAUUAUUAAUUGUUGAAUUUCUUAGUUUGUUGGUUGCGUGUUGUAUAUCUUUUCAUUAAAAUAAGAUGGCCAACGAUGAAAAUGUGUUAAAACAAUGUUUGUCAAAAUAUAAAUACCGGGACUAUACCUCCAAAGAGGUCAGUAGUUUGUUACAAUUGUAUCGGAGCUUGACUUUUAGAUUAGAAGCUUUUGUGUUUAAUAACGGAGCACGGAAAGAUUUAUUAAAUCUCGAAGGCACUAUUCCUGUGAAUUACAAAGGCUCAUAUUACAACAUACCAGUGUGCAUUUGGCUCAUGGACACUCAUCCUCAAAAUGCUCCAUUGUGCUUCGUAAAGCCUACACCAGAUAUGUCGAUAAAAGUAUCAAAAUACGUAGAUAGCAACGGUAAGGUUUAUUUGCCGUAUUUGCACGAGUGGAAUCCGAAUGGCUCAACAUUGCAGAAUCUUGUGCAGUGUAUGAUUGCUGCCUUUGGUGAAUUACCACCAGUUUAUUCUAAGCCACGUAAUGAAGUGCGUCCACCAUACCCUGCUGGUACAUUUUUGCCGCAAGUAUAUCCACAUCCUCAAGUACAACCCCAUUCACAGCCACCAUACCCUACUUUUGCUCCUCAUCCAACAGCUUCAUCCAACUUGCCCUACCCGAGCUAUGGUACCCCAUACCCCGGUCAGCCCGCUAAUGUGAAUGGAACUCCCUACCCGACAUUUAAUCCUACACCAUAUCCUCCUUCUACAAGCUAUGGCCAAGGGCCAAGUCCAGAUGUUGCCGGUGGAACAAUUACGGAAGAACAUAUAAAAGCAUCCUUGCUGUCAGCUGUUGAAGAUAAACUUAGAAGGAGGCUAAAGGAGCAAUCUCAACAGUCCCAAGCUGAACUGGAAACAUUGCGUAGAACUCAACAAGAGUUGCGUGAAGGUAAAACAAGGCUGGAAGACAUUCUAGGUAGAUUGCAGAGGGAGAGGGCAGAUUUGGACAAGAAUGUUGCUGUUCUACAAGAAAAGGAGAAAGAGUUACUGUCUGCUGUCGAUAGAUUGGGAGAGCAAGAAGGUGUAGAUGUGGACGAAGCAGUUGUUACAACAGCUCCUUUAUAUUCACAGCUAUUGAAUGCAUUUGCUGAGGAGGCAACUCUGGAAGAUGCCAUAUACUAUAUGGGUGAAGCUUUACGUAAAGAAGUUAUUGACUUGGACACAUUUUUAAAGCAAGUCCGGACAUUGGCUCGCCGACAAUUCACUUUGAGAGCAUUGAUGCAUAAAUGCAGGCAAAAGGCCCAAUUAGCUUGCUAAUGGUAAACAAAUGCAUAAUUGUUUGACAGAUAUACUGUUAUUUAAAUGAUUAUAUUUCAUAGAAUUCUCAUGAUAAGCUGAGCUGGUAUUUUAUGUUAUUUGUAUAAAUUACAGAUUUAUAUUUUGAUCAGUUAUGUUAUAAUAUAUUGAAUGGCAGUUUGCCUUUGAAUUAUGCAUGUGCAGUUAUGUUUUUUUUCUUUAACUGACUUAAAAUGUCAGCUGCAUAUAGUUAAUUUAUAUUUAAAGCCUAUAUUAAUAUUCGCAUCAAUGUAGAAAAUCUAUAUUUUAUUAAGGGCGGAUUUUUCAAUCUUCGGUUAAAACUUAUUCGUCAAAUAACAUAUUAAACUACCAUUUCAAAAUGUAUUCUUAUUGCAUGCAAUUGACAGUUUACAAGUGACGUUUUAAUAAUAUCGUGUAAUACUUUAUUGGAUGGAUAAGCUUUAUUUAACCAGGGAUUGAAAAAUCGGCCCUAAAUUUUGUAUCCAUUACAUUUAAUUAGCUUUUAUAUAAUACCCUACCAUAUCAAGGGGUUGUAUAGUUUCUACAUUAUUUAGCAUACAAUUUAUGAUAAUGCUACUUUAAAAUUAGAUUUAAAGUAAAAGUUACUCAUUACUAAAUUGUGGAUAUGAGAUUUUGUAACAGAUAGACAAUAAGACUCAAAUGUACACUAAAGGCUGGAAGUUGUUGUGGACUGCAGAGCUUUUGUUAUCUAUAAUUUUAUUUUAUAUAUCAUAAUAUGUAAUCACACAUUUUCUAGUGUUAAUAUUAAUGUCUAUAAGAAUGGUGUAACUUUGCUAAGUAAAAGAAAAAACUAUAAAAAUGUGACAUGCAAAAUUAACAUUAAGCCAUUCAUUAAGCAAAGGCUUGAUAUCAUCAUAGUGUUAUAGGCUUGGCGCUAAAGCAUAUAAUAUGUACCUAAUAAGGUUGUAGUUACGUCUUCAUUAGAAUCUAUGUAAGCAGUAUAACAACUGCCAUCAUGGUGCCUCACUGAAGCUAGGGAGAUGAUGACAAAGCAACACAACAUUGGUUACAUUUACUACAAUUGUUAUAAUUGUAGAAAUGGCAUCAACUCCCUGGCUUAUUUACAUUAACUCUAAAUAAAUGACCAUGAUAUUACUAACUUGUGUAUUUCCCUCAAAAGUAUAUUUCUAUAAAUGAACUUGAAGAAUUGAGAACUAUUCAUUUAGCAAAAUGAUCUCAUCCAAUAAUAACGAAUUUUUUAUCGAAUGAAAUCAUGUCAUUUGAUAAAGUUAAAGCCUUUGUUAGUUUGUGACUCAUUGUUGUUUAUAACAUAGUUAUAUAUUUUUGCAAUGAAAGAGAUGCACUCAAUAUGUUCUAAUUGACACAAAAUUUGGAACACAACACUACUAUAAUAACAAUUAGAACACUUGUAGCCAUUCCUGUUAGAAAAUGUGUCCAAAUAUUUAUAACAAUAAUAAAAUAAUAGAAAUAAUGUUAAAAUUGUCUUAGGAAUCGUGACAAAGAUGUAAAAUAUAAAAUCUCGAUUUAAGUGUGCAUAUUGGAAGCCAAUAGGCAAAGUUUUGUCUUAAUAAAAAUUGAUGUAAAAAGGAUAAAA